AUGGCAAGAAGCCAGAGAAACGGAGAGAGAAAAACGAAGGAGGAGGACAGAGGAGGAGGAGGAGGAGGAGCGGAAGAAGAAAGGAGAGGAGGACCCAAAGAGCAGAAGAGAGGAGGGGCGAAAGAGGAGAGGAGAGGAGGAGCGGAUGAAGAGAGGAGGGUGAGGAAAGACAACGGGGGGAAGAGCGCGGGCGUCGGGAAGGCUCGGCGGGCUGGCAAGAGGACAGGAAACAGCAAAGCAGGGGUCAAGGGGCGCCGGCAAUUUGUGGUCGGCACACCACACCCCAAACAGGAAGUGAGACAUGCCGAACAGGUUGUCGAGAAGUCUGAGAGCCCCGAGGAAGAUGCGGCGAACAAGAAGGAAGAGGAAGAGGAAGAGGGAGACAAAGUGAAUAAAUCUGACGCCCUAAAGAGGCCAGAGGAAGACACACAGAUCAGAGAUGAAGAGGAGGAGGAAGAGCAGGUCCAAUGUAGCGUUACGAUUGGUCACGUCGGCAAUGCUGCUGAAACCCGCCCAAUCAGCAGUCCACAGGAAGGGUCGGCGUGCUGCAGCCAAUCGCAGCUGUCCGAUGACGCAGGCAGCGUCGUGUCACGAGGUCAGAGUUCACGGCAUGCGAGCACACCAGACGAGGCUCCACCCAUGUCUCUGCACCAGCUGACCUCACCCUCCGCUUCCACGGCAACGGACAGUCACGUGACAAAGCUCAGCCAACCAGAGGACAGCACUAAUGCGAAGAUUAGACGGAACGCUGAGGAGGUUGCCAGGCAACGGGAGCGCCAGGCGGCGGCUGCGCGGGCGGAGAAGGCGGAGCAUCGGAGGCAGGAGGUGGAGAGGAAGAGGAGGGAGAGGGAGGAGGAGAUGAAGAGGCAGAUGGAGAGAGAGGAGACGGAGGAGAGGAUGAGGCAGGAGCUGGAGGAGGAGCAGAGGAGGAGAGCUGAGGAGGCCAGACAGAGGAGGCAGCAGGAGCAGGAGGCGCAGGAGCGCCGUGAGGCGGAGGAGGAAGAGAGGAGGAGGAGAGAGGAGGCGGAGAGGGAGAGGGAGAGGAGGAGGCAGGAGGAGAAGAGGAAGCAGAUGGAGAGAAUGCAGAGACACAAACUGGAAGAGGAGGCACGCCGAGCAGGUGAAGGACUGUUUAAUCAGCUAAAUCAACAAACGGAUGCACAUCUUGCUUCAGAGGAGCAGGAGCGUCUGCGUUUGCAGGAGGAGGCGCGUCGGGAGGAGGAGAGGAGGAGGAUGCAGGAGAUGGAGGAGGAGGAGAGGAGGGAGUACCUGCAGCGGCUGCAGAGGGAGGAGGAGGAGAGGAGGAAGCAGGAGGAGGAGAGACGGAGGAGAGAGGAGGAGGCUCUGCUGUGGGCACAGGAGCAGGCCAGGUUGCAAGCUCAACUCAUGGCCAGGCAGAGGGCGCUGUUGGAGCAGCGUCUGCGUUUCCAGCGUGGGCUCCUGCAGGAGGCGGGCGGUCUGGACCAGUCUCAGGGCAUCUCCAGGGCCUGGGUCUACUCCUACUUCACCCUGCUGCAGAUGAUGGGACUGGAGGAGUCAGUCGUAGGAACACCUGCUGGAGAUGAUGAUGAUAACGGUGGUGGUGACAUUGACCCAGUGGGCCUCUCAUAAUAUUGUGAAACUAUACAGUAAGUACAAUGAUAUUCUAAAACGUAUGGUACAUUUCAUUUAAAUGACCGGAUCGAUACUUUCGGACUCCCCUUCGUGACUCCUGGUCUACUUCACCCUGUUGCAGCUGAUGGCACUGGAGGAGUCAGCAUGGGACGACACGGACACACCACCUACUGGAGAUGCUGAUGGUGGUGGGCCUCAUAUAAUAUUGUAAAACUAUAAGUACGAUGAUAUAGCAUUACAGUACAUUAUAAAGUAUCAUAUCGAUAUGAGCCCUGGGUCUAGUCCUACCUCACUCUGCUGCAGCCACUUGUUACUAGAGGAGAGAACAGGGCACAGAUAUGCCACCUGUUGGGGACGGUGCUGAUGGUGGUAGCAAUGCAAAGGCAAUGGGCCUCAUAUAGUGUAAAAUAAAAGUAUAUAAGUAGAAUGAUAUAACAUGGAAGAGUCACUGUACGCAUGUGGACAGAAGUGGCCAAAGUAAAAGUAUAUUUAUGGUUACAGCACUGCGCAUGUGAUACUGCGUGGCAAUUAUUACACCAGUUAUUCCAUUGCACCUAAUGAGGUGGCUAGACAUUGUGGUUUCUGACAUAAAAACCCUUAAAAACCUAAAAAGAAAACCCCCAAAUUUAAUCCAACCUGUGCAUAAGGUACAGCGCUCUAUAGUAACUGUAGACCAGUUACUCUGUGAAGUUGCUUGUGUUGCAAGGAAAUUACGGUAGGUUUUGUUUUUCCUCCACUUUUACUCUGGCCACUUCUACAUGUUGCAGAGGAAAAAUAAGUAGUUCCUGUACCACUGAUAUGGUUUACUCUUCUUAUGCAUGAUUUCCCUUUUGUUGACCAAUGAGUCACAUUUCUUAUUUUACAUUCCAUUAUUUUACAUUCCAUACACUUUUACCCAAAGCGAGUUAUUUUAAAUACAUGUUAUUGGUUACAGUCCCUUGAGCAGUGUGGGGCUAGGUGCCUUGGUCAAGGGGGCACCUCAGCCAUGGAGUGUGGUGUGGAGCGGAAGGGUGGGAUUCAAACUGGCAAUCCUCUGAUCUAAAG